CUUUCCGCCGUAGGCAAGGAGAUGCUUAUGAGAACCUUUCUCGGGUACUGGGGGGUUCCGUCCCGAAAUGCUCAGCCCAAUCCAUGAGUCAGCAGCGGCGACAGGAGGAAGCAACGGUAGGAGCAAAAGGAAGGCACCCCUCACCCUUCUUCCUUCUAAUCUAGGGUAGGAUUACUUUAAAACACGGAGCAAAAAGGCACUCUUCACGGACCCACACGGCCCCGGGGCUAGUCGCCAGGGUCAAGGGUAGAGAGAGCCCAGCGUUGCCGAGGCGGAGGACUGAGGCAGGGGCGGCUGAGGUAAUCAAUCCAAAAACCAGCGUGCCAAAGCGUUUCCCCAGGGCUCUCUCCGGACUCUCAAGCACUGCGUAAAGGGGUCUGUCUGAACCCAGUCUACUUCCGGUGGGGAAGGGAAAGGGAAGACACCACCGGAAGCAAGGAAGGUGCUGUGUAAUCAUUAAGGAGCGGAGGCUUUUGGAGCUGCUAAAAUGCCGGAUUACCUCGGUGCCGAUCAGCGGAAGACCAAAGAGGAUGAGAAGGACGACAAGCCCAUCCGAGCUCUGGAUGAGGGGGAUAUUGCCUUGUUGAAAACUUAUGGUCAGAGCACUUACUCUAGGCAGAUCAAGCAAGUUGAAGAUGAUAUUCAGCAACUUCUCAAGAAAAUUAAUGAGCUCACUGGUAUUAAAGAAUCUGACACUGGCCUGGCCCCACCAGCACUCUGGGAUUUGGCUGCAGAUAAGCAGACACUCCAGAGUGAACAGCCUUUACAGGUUGCCAGGUGUACAAAGAUAAUCAAUGCUGAUUCGGAGGACCCAAAAUACAUUAUCAACGUAAAGCAGUUUGCCAAGUUUGUGGUGGACCUUAGUGAUCAGGUGGCACCUACUGACAUUGAAGAAGGGAUGAGAGUGGGUGUGGAUAGAAAUAAAUAUCAAAUUCACAUUCCAUUGCCUCCUAAGAUUGACCCAACGGUUACCAUGAUGCAGGUGGAAGAGAAACCUGAUGUCACAUACAGUGAUGUUGGUGGCUGUAAGGAACAGAUUGAGAAACUGCGAGAAGUAGUUGAAACCCCAUUACUUCAUCCAGAGAGGUUUGUGAACCUUGGCAUUGAGCCUCCCAAGGGCGUGCUGCUCUUUGGUCCACCCGGUACAGGCAAGACACUCUGUGCACGGGCAGUGGCUAAUCGGACUGAUGCGUGCUUCAUUCGAGUUAUUGGAUCUGAGCUUGUACAGAAAUAUGUCGGUGAGGGGGCUCGAAUGGUUCGUGAACUCUUUGAAAUGGCCAGAACAAAAAAAGCCUGCCUUAUCUUCUUUGAUGAAAUUGAUGCUAUUGGAGGGGCUCGUUUUGAUGAUGGUGCUGGAGGUGACAAUGAAGUGCAGAGAACAAUGUUGGAACUGAUCAAUCAGCUGGAUGGUUUUGAUCCUCGAGGCAAUAUUAAAGUGCUGAUGGCCACUAACAGACCUGAUACUUUGGAUCCAGCACUGAUGAGGCCAGGGAGAUUGGAUAGAAAAAUUGAAUUUAGCUUGCCCGAUCUAGAGGGUCGGACCCACAUAUUUAAGAUUCACGCUCGUUCAAUGAGUGUUGAAAGAGAUAUCAGAUUUGAAUUGUUAGCACGACUGUGUCCAAAUAGCACUGGUGCCGAGAUUAGAAGUGUCUGCACAGAGGCUGGUAUGUUUGCCAUCAGAGCACGGCGAAAAAUCGCUACCGAGAAGGAUUUCUUGGAAGCUGUAAAUAAGGUCAUUAAGUCUUAUGCCAAAUUCAGUGCUACUCCUCGUUACAUGACAUACAACUGAACCCUGAAGGCUUUCAAGGGAAAACUUUAAAUUGGAAUCCUAAUCUUAUAUAGACUUGUUAAUAACCACUUCAUAAACAAAUAAAUGGCUUCAAAAUUGUA